GACUCACUCACGACUAAAAGUAUCUCGUCUACUCCUUCCACGACCUCUUGGUCUCUAAUAUCCAUCUUCAUUGCAUCAUGGAGCCUUUCGAGGCAAAAGUCGCCGCAGCGGCGACCGGUUCUACACUCACCGCUCUUACCAUGACUCCUUUUGACGUCGUGAAGACACGUCUACAGACUCAACAGCCCCGACCACAGCAGUUAUUUCCCCAGCCUCCACUAAACACCUGCUGUCAGGCGGCUAAUACGACCUGCGUCCGCAGGAUGUCUUCGCUUGCCCGGGCUGCUGAAGGCGAAGUCGUCUGCAUCUGGGAUCAUGGCAUCUUUCGCACAGAGAGAGUAAAUGGCUUCUUUGAUGCGAUUCGGCAUGUUUGGCGAGCAGAGGGCAUGUCAGGGUUGUGGAAAGGCACUGGGACUACACUGCUUAUCGGUGUACCCUCGUCAACAAGUUAUAUGUUGACUUAUGACUAUCUGUCACAUUAUGCACUACCCUCAUUACUUCCUUCUUCCGUUGUCCCUCUUACAUCUGGUAUCCUUGCACGGACGUUGAUUACUAGUAUUGUUUCUCCUCUCGAACUUGUACGAACAAACCUCCAGUCCACUCCGAUGUCAGCAGACGUACCGCAUACCCUCCGCUCCGUUCUCACAUCAAUACGAGCAUUGGCACAAGCGCAAGGUGUUGGCUACCUUUGGCGGGGACUUGGACCUACACUAUGGCGCGAUGUUCCAUUUAGUGGAGUGUACUGGGCUGGUUAUGAAUCAGUCAAAAGCGCUUUCGAGCGAAGAGGACGUGAAGGCGCGCCGGUAGCGUUCGUCAGUGGUGCCGUGAGCGGAACCACGGCAGCACUACUGACAUCUCCAUUUGAUGUUCUCAAGACUCGCCGGCAGGCCAUUGUCAUGUCUACACCCGGGCGAGCUAUGGGUUCCCUAUCCCUGGCGGCGGAUAUCAUUCGCACAGAAGGUAUAUCUGCGCUUUAUGCUGGUCUACUUCCUCGGAUAGUGAAGAUUGCACCGGCGUGUGGAAUCAUGAUCGCUUGCUACGAGGUAUGUUCAUCUUGUGUGAACACUUAUAGCAUUACUGAACCUUUGCAUUUCUUAGGGCGUUGGGCACUUCCUUACGAGAAGCAACGAGGACGACAAUCGGAUAUCAUAGACUGUAGAGGAUACCACAUUGAUGUAACGGACUAUUAUACGGAUCUAGAGUACCAUAGAGAUGUAAUAUGACAUGAUAUAUCCACCAUUCAAUGAAAGAGAGUAACCC